AUGGCUGAGGGUCAGUGGGGCAGGUGCAUAGGAGAAGAAUGUGGAACUGGCGGGGUUCAAUCCAGGACGGUGUGGUGCAUCCACUCAGAAGGAUGGACCACACACCACUCCAACUGCCGGCACUCAGACAAACCAGAGAGCCAGAGGCCUUGCUUUAAAGUGUGUGAGUGGCACCAGGACCUCUUUGAAUGGGAGGUUUCAGAAUGGGGGCCGUGCGUUCUAGCCCCAUUCCAGUCCAACGAGCUCAAACCGAGGACAACGGAGUGCGUCACGGCCCAGCACGGCAUCCAGAGACGGAAGGUCCAUUGCGUGCGCACCUCAAACCGCACGACGGUCACGGAGAGGAUAUGCGAGUUCUUUUCCCCACGACCGGCGCUCGAACAGGCCUGCCUGAUCCCCUGCCCUCACGACUGCAUCGUAUCCGAUUUCUCCUCCUGGUCCGGCUGCAGUCGAACAUGCGGCAUGGGUCUCCAGCAUCGGACCCGACACGUUCUAGCGGCACCGAUGUACGGAGGAGCUAAUUGCCCCAAUCUCACCCAAACAAGGACUUGUGCAAACCUUCUGCCCUGUCCGGUUGGGGAAAGCGAGCAUCACUACAGCCUUAAAGUCGGCCCCUGGAGCGAGUGCAGGCAGCCGCAACACAAGGGGCUCUGGAUGAGCGGAAGGACCAUGCUGGACUUCACCACGGGAGAUACGGAGAGGAACACCGUGAAACGACAUAUCCAGAGCUCCCAGCACCACCAUCACCACCUCCACCAUCACCACGGUCUCAAGGGCUUGGACGUGGAGAUCGGCUACCAGACGCGCCAAGUUCGUUGCGUGCGCAGCGACGGCAAGAACGCCAUGCUGAGUCUUUGUACCCUUGACAACGGUCCAGGAACAUUCCAGUCGUGCAUUAUGCCCAGAGACUGUGAGACCUCUGAUUGGUCCGUUUGGAGUCCAUGUUCAAAGACAUGUAGUGCAUCAGAUAUGUCGCCUGGUUUUCGGGUCAGGACUCGAAGCAUAACGCAGACUCCUAUUGGACUAGGCAAAGAAUGCGCCACUCUUGAAGAAAAGAAAGCCUGCAACAUAAUCGGAGAUUUACUUCCGAACUGCCCUAGGUAUGUGUGGAAGAGCACAGAUUGGGGGGACUGUCAAGUGGCCCCUCUUCUCAGCCAGCAGGACAGAAGGCUUAACAAUGUAAGCGUUCUCUGCGGUGGAGGGAUUCAGACCAGGCAGCUGUACUGCGUCCAGGUCCCUGACAACUCCACCCCUCAUCACAGAAAAGAGGUGUCUAGGCCGGUAAGUGGGCAUCUGUGUGUAGGAGAAUUGCCUUCUGCAGUGCAGCCCUGCUCCAUACCAUGCCCACAGCUAUGCCUGCUCUCGUCCUGGUCCUCCUGGGGGGCCUGUCUCCACGACAACUGCAUGGAAACACAUGGACGAAAAGGCUACAGGCAGAGGAGGAGAGAGGUGCUGGAGGAAGGAUCAGGAACAGAAAGCUGUGCUCAUCUCCUGGAGUCAAUGCCCUGUGAGGAUCCAGUAUGCUUCCUGUGGCAGGUGCAGUUUGAGGGCGCUUGUGUGCCCAGCGAAGGGAACUGUGGAAAUGGAAGCAGGACUCAAACUGUGGCUUGCGUCAACUCAAAAGGGCAGCUUGUUCCUGAGGAGCUCUGUGAAGAUGAGCCGCCCCCUAAAGAGGUGUCCUGCAUGAUGGCGUGUUCAGGUGACUGUGUGCUCAGCUCAUGGUCUGAUUGGUCCUCCUGCUCCCACAGCUGCUCCAGUAAAAACUCAGAGGGCAGACAAAGCCGCACACGGACCAUAUUAGGCUUGCCAGGAGAAGCUAAGGCAUGUCCAGCUGCUACUGCUCUGGAGGAGUGGAGAACUUGUAAUGAUCAUCCAUGUAUCACGUUCUACUGGGAAGCGUCGCCAUGGGGACCAUGCAUUGAGGACUCCUCCAUGAAUCUAAAUGGCACCGGCUACUGGAACGGAACGGCCACCUGUGCAGUCGGUGUGCAGAUUCGUAAAGUGGUCUGCAUGAAAAUGGGCAUCGGGCCAGUUAUUCCCAAAAGGUGA